GCUGAAUAUAAUUUGGCUGUUUCUUUCUGAUGAAAAUCUGUUUUCCAGUUGGUUAUUUUAUAUUUGGUAGGUUGAUACUUUUGUCUUGAAGAUUUUGAUUUGCUACUGACAGAAUUUUGUUCAUAUUUUUAAUGUAUGUUUACAUAGCUGUUUCAUAAUAACUUUGCAUUGACAUCCUGCUCUUUUCAAAACAUUACUGGAAAGGUAGUUUAAAAAAAAACAACUCUUCGUUACCUUUGCUAUAUGCAUGAAACGCGUUUGUGAGUAAGACAUACAAUAUACAAUUUUCUUCAACUGAUGUCUCAGAACAGCAAACAAAUAAAAUGGAAAAUGGUGCAAAUUUUACAUACAUCAGACUAACUGGAUAUCUUAAUUUGGAUUUCAAGAUGAAUUACUUCUUGUUUAGUGUGAUAACUGUGCUGUAUUCUACAAUCAUAUUUGCCAAUAGCUUUCUUAUUGGUGUUAUUUGUUCAGCAAAAGCCCUUCAUAAACCAAUGUAUCUGUUCCUCUGUAGUUUGUUUGUUAAUGAAUUGUAUGGCAGCACAGCUUUAUUUCCUUCCCUUCAAGUUAACUUGAUUUUGAAUAACAAUGAGAUUUCUCUUAUUUAUUGUUACUUACAGAUUUUUUGCUUAUACACAUAUGCAAUGAUUGAAUUUUGUAAUUUAGCAGUUAUGUCUUUUGAUAGAUUUGUGUCCAUCUGUUAUCCAUUACAGUAUAACAGAAUCAUGACCCCUUUUAGAGUGGGUGUGUUAAUUGCAUUGGUGUGGUCAAAUUGUUUCAUUCAAUUUUUAAUUCUUUUCUCUUUUAAUUCCAAGUUACAACUGUGUGGAAACAUUAUGGACAAAGUAUGGUGUGACAAUUAUUUACUUGUGAAACUUGCUUGUUCAAAAACCUCUUUGAAUAAUACUUACGGCAUUUAUGUUAAUGUGAUGACAGCGAUGAUUCCACUGACACUAAUUCUUUAUUCAUACACAAGAAUUCUAAGAAUAUGUUUGAGUUUUACUAAAGAAGCAAAACAGAAGGCUCUAAGCACAUGUGCACCACACAUCAUUUCACUAUUAAACUUUUCUUUGGGCUGCUUCUUUGAAACGAUCCAAAGCAGGUUUGAUAAUAUAAGAAUGCCAGCUUUGUUACGUAUAAUAAUUUCAGUCUAUUUUCUGAUGUUUCAGCCAGUGCUUAGCCCUAUUAUGUAUGGAAUAAGACUGAAAAAUAUCAGACAAGUAUGUAAAAAUUUGGUUGUAUCAAAAGUAGGUAUUACAUAAAACAUUUCCCCCCCUUUUAAUGAACUGUCAUUAUGGUAUUUCAGUGUAUUUUUAACAACAUAUUUCAGAUUUUAACCUAACAUGUUUAAUCUAAAGAGCAUAGAUAUUAUGAAACAUAGUAAUGUUAAACUGUGUUUAUCACAAAGAGAUAGUAUGGCACAGAUUCAGAUUCAAAUUAGUUUCUUUUUUUCUUUAUAUCAUUGUGACAGUGGCAUCACAAUAUUGCUAUAAAGCAAAGUUUGUUGUUUUUUUUUAAACAAAUAUGUUUAUCAUAUUCUAAAAUGUUUAUUAAUGACAAUAAAUUGAAAGUUUGUUCGAUUUAAUGUACAUAUUUUCUAAUAAUACCAGUAAGGAACACCAUAGUUUAGUAGCACUAUGAAAAAAAGUAUUAAGUAAUAAGAAGACAACUGGCCAGUCAGGUGUUUGGAAGGUUGGUUACCAGAGUAUCUAAAACAAACUGAAAUGAACUCUAAACACUGACAAUGUAGAUUUAAAGCAGCCUAAAAUUAAAAGUAAAAACAGCCUUUCCAUGGAGCAGCAUGCUUGCAAACAAGUUUCAUCACUUAUACCCUUGUGAAUAAGAUGUGCAUUUUCAAUACAAUUAAGCACAUUUGCAGUGUACUUAUAUAUAAGUACACUAUAAAGUCACAGGUUAGAUUUAAAUAUAUUUAUUAUUACAUUUGAUUCUAAAUCAUUGUAUUGCUUUCAGUUUUACAACAGUUAAUCACGUUUUGUGGAUGCCAUUCAAAUACAAGUUAAACAAAUAAAAACAACAUUUUCAGUGUCACACUUUGUUUAUUCAAUGAAUAUGAAGAAGGUAAGAUUUACAAGAAAAAGUAGAUAUUUAUUAAACAAAACUCAGGUUAGCUACCAAACAGAACAAGACAGCGUACAUCAAACUUAACAUGAAAAAUACUGGAAAACGACUGAAGCAAACUGAGGGACUGUGCUAGUAAAAAUGAAUCACCAUGACAAUAGAUAAUGACGGGAAACUAGAACAAAGGAAACAAAGUAACUGAAGAAAUACAAACUAAAAGUCCAUGAAAAUUAACCUAAACCAGGAUGGCGAAGAUGUAAGUAGCAGUUAUGGAGCCGCCAAGGCGAAGCCGACUGGUCGAUGGGCCGAGGUGGAGUGGUGGGAUCAGUGGCAGGAGACGGAGCCAGAGGAUCCAUUUGCUUGGGCAAAGCUGGCGAUCGAAGGGACUGAGGAUAAUGGAUUCUCCACACAGCAAGGCAUUUGAAGAGAAGACGAAUGGCUGAAAGGAACCAGCUGAAGUGUGGCUGAAGGACUGGCUGGAUCUGGAUGAGGAGGUCGGAGAGGGAGGCUGGGCGGGAUUGGUGACGACAACACCACUGUGCAGGGUGACAAAACAAAUUCUAUGCUAAGCAGGACCAGCAAUGAUGACACAAUAUCAGUAACAUGGCAAUGUCAUAGUCUUUGUGCUGGACAGGACCAGCAACAAUGAGGGCAUAGACAAUUCAGGACUUGGCAGAACCAGCGAUGAUGAGGGGACAGAAUGUUCAUGGCAGGGCAGGGUGGCUAGAUUCCCAAUCACUCAGCCAAUUGUCAAUGUCCAACUCCACCAAAACUCCCACUGGCACAGAUGUUGCCGGCUCACACACCUGGUCAGACUCACUGUUGGGCUUCGGCUCCGGGGUUGAUGGUUGGCACUGUAGUCCUCACAGGAUCCUUAUUUGCCGCGGGUGGAAGCUUCCUAUCUGCGGUGGGAUCUGGUGACGCAUCUGUGGUGUGGGGUGAUGGUUGGCAGGGCUCUGGGUCUGAUGACGUGGACAUUGGUGUGGACUGGAGGUAGAGACUCUGCAAACAGUGUAGGAUCGCUUCCCUCCAUGUUUCUGUGGACAUGUCUGGAAGGUCUCUUGUAUGGUGGUAGUUUGCCCUGAUCCAGAACAGUGAUUUUAGGGUCCCGUUAUUGAAGGCUGUUCAUUGGGCCAGGUG